UGCGAGCAUAUCUGGCUGCUGCGCGCUGUGAAGGACUAACUUUCAGCACAGUUCAGUUGGUAAAAGCAGGGCGCUUCAUUGAAAGCUCGCUCCAGAGGUGAGCCCCAUACAAAGAGACUACUCAGUGGGGGAAAUACCUUUGCAAAGAUGAUUGAAACUUGUUGGCAUCAGUGGAUUCUUAUUUUUUGUCUUCAUCUUUGUUUAUUCGUGUCUUGGACCCAGUCAGAAGGAAAUACAGUGAGGUACCAGACCAGAGAGGAGGACGCACCAGGUACUGUCAUCGGGAACCUCGCCAAGGACAUGUCCUUGAGUUUGUCCCACUCAUCCAAGACUAAUUUCAGGAUGAUGAAACAAUUUAACGACUCCUUUAUCCGCGUGAGAGAAAGCGAUGGACAACUUAUUGUCGGGGAGCGGAUCGACAGGGAGAGAAUCUGCAGGCACACUCCACAGUGUCUGAUUACUUUUGACGUGGUUAAUUUCUCCAAAGACCGCUACAAAUUGAUCCACGUCGAGGUGGAAAUAAGGGAUGUUAAUGACAACUCUCCAGAGUUUCCGAGCAGGGAGUCUGUGGUGGAAAUCUCAGAGAACGCUGCGCUGGGGUCCCGUAUCCCCCUGGACCCCGCUAUGGAUGCUGAUGUAGGUUCAAAUUAUAUACAAAGCUAUCAGAUUUCUGUGAAUAGUCAUUUCACCAUCGAUGUGCUCCAAAGAGCAGAUGGGGUUAAAUAUGCGGAGCUUAUUCUGAUGAAGGAACUUGAUAGGGAGGUUCAGUCCUCAUAUAACAUAGAACUGGUGGCAAAAGACGGAGGAAAUCCUCACAGAUCCGGAUCAACUAAGAUAACAGUAAGAGUGACUGACUUUAACGACAACAGUCCCGUUUUUGACAAGAACAGCUUCUCAGUGAGCCUCCCAGAGGACGCGCCUGUCGGCACCGUGAUUCUGGACCUGAACGCGGUGGAUGCGGACGAGGGUCUGAAUGGAGAGGUGGUCUAUGGGUUCGGAAAACAGGUUUCUAGUGAGAUCCGCGAACUUUUUCAAGUGGAUAACAAAUCGGGUCGCCUAACUCUAAAGAGUCCCGUGGACUUUGAGGAUAAAAGCACAUACGAGUUGGACGUGCAGGCAAUCGAUCUGGGCGCAAAUCCGACCCCGUCUGUGUGCAAAAUUAUAAUUCACGUCACGGACGUGAACGAUAAUGUCCCGGAGAUCAGCAUCACCCCUAUAACCUCGAUUUCCACUGGUGUUGCGUAUAUAAGUGAGGCAGCGGAUAAGGAUAGCCUGGUAGCGCUCAUCAGCACCUUGGACAGAGAUUCUGGCGUUAACAGCCAAGUUCACUGUUCCCUUUACGGCCACGAUCACUUCAAACUCCGACAGGCUCACGAGGACAGCUACAUGAUUGUCACAGCUGCUGUUCUUGAUAGAGAGAGGAUCAGUGAGUAUAAUUUAACAGUCAUGGCUGAGGAUUUCGGGUCACCCCCGCUGAGAAAAAUCACCCAGUUCACCAUUAGGCUCAGCGAUGAGAACGACAAUGCACCCCACUUUGCGAGAGCUGUGUAUGAAGUGUCAGUAGUGGAAAACAACGCUCCGGGUGCUUACAUCACCACAGUGGAGGCCAGCGACGCAGAUCUGGGUAACAACGGGAAGCUCACCUACAGGCUUGUGGACAGUGUCAUUAUGGGUUCCCCGGUGAACACCUUUGUGUCUCUGAACUCAGUUUCUGGCUCCAUAUAUGCACUGAGAAGCUUCAAUUAUGAAGUGAUGAAGCAGCUGGAUGUGCACAUUCAGGCAAGCGAUGGGGGGUUACCCCAGCUGCAAAGCACAGCUAUCAUCAGGUUAAAAAUAGUUGAUCAAAAUGACAACCAGCCUUACAUCGUAGAGCCUCCACUCUACAAGGGGUCUGCUGAGCUUUUCCUGCCCAAAGAUGCACCUGCAGGUUACUUUGUGACCCAGAUUAGGGCCACAGAUGCUGAUGAGGGCAUAAAUGCACAACUAUCAUUUAAGAUCACAGAUGGGGGACAUUUAGGAUUUUCAAUUAAUAAAGACACUGGAAAGAUGCUGGUGAGUCGAAAACUCACUUAUGACCUCACAGACAGUGUUAAAAUCACAGUAGCUGUCAACGACAAAGGCUCCCCCUCUCUGACUUCCACAGCCAUGAUUAUUUUCAAUUUCAUAGAAGGUACACCGCCCAGCCAGCCUUCGUCAGCUGAAAAUAGCAAUGAAGAGCUCUUUGAAUGGAAUAUGUCUGUAGCCAUAAUCAUUGUCCUGGCUGGAAGCUGUUCUGUUCUUUUGCUAGCUAUCAUUAUGAUCGCUACCAUUUGCAGCCGCAGGAAAAAAGAGACAAAUGAGGAGAGCUACGACGAAAAAGAAGAAACGACAGAUGCAGAUAAAGUGGGAAAAAAUCGUAUGGAAUCAUUGAUCAUCAAUCACAAAGGCAAAGCAUUUGAUGCCCAUUCAUUUCCAGAGGGCCUGCCUCUGGCCAGUAACAACACAACAGAGACCAGCAGUGAGGAAAGCAGGCAGACAACAGGAAUCUUUGAGCCCAACACCAGGCCAGCAGAGGCCAAAUUAAAGGGUUAUUGCACACUACCAGGGUAUGGAAAAGAAACUGUGAGGCCUAUAACAAUAUGGAAAGGCAACUCAUUCACAACUAUCUCAGCAAGAGACCCCCAAAUCAGUGGGAAGGAUAGCGGAAAAGGGGACAGUGACUUCAACGACAGCGACUCUGACAUCAGUGCUGAUGUCCACAAAAAGGAGUCCCCACCAACAAACAGUCUCUGGGCAUGCACAAGUGAAUGCAAAAUACUGGGACACUCCGACCGCUGCUGGAGCCCAUCAGCCAGCCGACCAAACACAAGCUUGGCCUGUGGACCACACCUGUCAACAUUCUCAAAGACUGCCACGCUUCCCCGAGAUGCCAGGAGGGAAAACUUUUAUCCGGCCACUAUCCCUAAAACCAAUGGUCUGCAGAGCGUGUAUGAAAAGGUCCAACACCAGGAGUUCGAUUACAUUCUGGUUGGUCCACCCACACCAGCUAGGAUACAGGAGACAGACGAAUUAUCAAUCCCUGAGUACACAAACUCUUAAAAGAACCCAAACUGUGUCUCAAACUGUAAUUAAAGGCAUUUAGUCUUUGUAAUGUACAGAUUUUUAAUUCCAAAUUGACUCCAUGUUGGAUUGUUGACGUGUUGAGUAACGUGUCGUGUGUGUCUUUUGGGUAAUAGAAGACUGUUUAUUGUAUUAUGUGUAAUAUGCAAGAUUUUUUUAUUGAAAAUAUAUAUUUUUAAUAAGGAUUCGUUGUAAAAAGUAAUUUUACUAUGACUUUUUAAAAGCAUGUGUUACUAUUUAAGGGCAUGACUUUUGAACACUUAGCCUGAAAAAAAAAAAAAUGCCUCCCUGCUGUGGAAAACAAUCAAACCAUGUUUGUGGUAGAUAUUAUCCUGUUG